ACAGAAUGGAUGAUCUACUCUCUGAGAUAAAUCGGAAGCGUGCACAUGUUGAAAGUAAGCCGGGACUACUUGUGAAUGGGAAAUUUUUCAAGCGAUCAGCCCUGGAAGAGAAAGAAAAAGAAGAGUAUCUUUCCAAAUAUCAGGCAUACAAACAAUCACAGUCAUCUUCAGCACAAUCUGCGGUCGAAAACAUUGAUCAGCUGGCCGAAAAAACUUCUGAAAAAAUUGCAAUAAGUAGCAAUGAAAUAAUUUUGCGUUUGAGAAAACGUAGUCAGCCGAUUAAAUUAUUCGGUGAAACAGAUUUAAUGACGUAUCAGCGGUUACGAAAAUUAGAACUUACUGAUCCUGAUUUAUUAGAUAAUGGACGGAAAAAUGAUAUGCAAAUCUUGAUGGAGAAAAUGGAACAUGAGUCGCAUUCCAACCUGGCUAAAGAUGCCGGCUCCCAAGAUGCUCAUGACGUGAAGGUCAAACCAUCUGGAAUUAAUUUUGAAGAGUUAGCCGAAAAAGGCCUCAAAUUAGCCCAAAUUGACUAUCAUUAUGAUAUGAACGUAAUUCUAAAGUUUUGCCAAUUGAUGUUGCAACUUUGGGGACAAGACUUGAAUGGCCGAACAACUGCAGUGAAAAAGUCUCAACAAGGUAGGCUGGAGGCGGCAAGGUAUUUGCAAACAGUCGAUUAUAUGCGACCGAUGAUGAGGCAGUUGAAGUCCAAUUCAAUGGAAGAAGAUAUUCUCGAUUCACUGGCUAGUGUUGUCUAUUGGACCUUGAAGAAAGAGUACAUCAAAGCUAGCGACAGUUACCUCCAAAUGGCGAUUGGCAAUGCUCCGUGGCCAAUAGGAGUAACAAUGCAUGGUAUCCACGCCCGACCUGGAAAAGACAAGCUUGCCACUAAAAGUAUAGCCCAUGUACUUAACGAUGAGGAGCAGCGAAAAUAUAUACAGGCUUUCAAAAGACUAAUUACAUUUUGCCAAAAGAUAUACUCUACUGAUCCCUCCAGAAGCGUUGAAUUCAAUGCUUGAAAUUUCAGUUUAGUAGCGUAAAUUAGUAUAAAUCAUUGAAAAGAAGAGUUUUAUCUGAGCUACAAAUUCCUUUUUGUGACCGGACUAAGAAGCGAACUAUAGCAAUUCAAUAGCAGCGUUGUAUUAUGAGGCCAUUUCUUGGCUGUUGAAACUUUGCAGCUUUGAAGAUUUUGUAGAGCUUGUGCCAAAUAACACGCACAGUACGGAAACUUUGAAGACCUUUUACAUAUGUCUGAUGUUGAGAAUGGAGAUCGGAGGUCCCCAGUUUAGGAGGGAGGACCCCCGUUUACUGCUCUGACACUCGUCUGGUUUUUCCUGAUUCGAAUCUCAUUUCCCGUGAAACCCUCAGCGGCAGAAGGAGAGAAGACGCGUUCUCCAUUUUGAGAAAUUUUCAUGCAUUGACGGUUUCAAUCCUUAGUUCUUAUAACCGGAGUUUUUGCAAUUAAAAAGAUUAUAGAGCCAUUUGGCCCGAUUUUACAUGUGGAGAUUUGUUGUAAAUGUACGGGUCAAAGCAGUUUUGGUGUAAAGCUUUUUUCAGAAGUGGCUUGUAUUCUUUUAGAUCAAUUGAUUUCGUUUUUGU